AUGGGUAAGAAUAGGUAUCACAAAGUCGCACGAUUGGGUCGUCGAAUAGGAUCCAUUGAGUCGUUCGAUGGGCAGGAGCCGGGAGCGGAAGACGUCCUGAGCCAGAGGCCAUUGGUGCGAGCCGCCGAUCCUCGUCCUGUCGCCUGUCUUGAAUACAGGCACAUCCCGUUGUUCCCCGCACAGCCUGUAAUCAGUGCUUUCAUCUAG